UCAUCGUUAGCGCUUCGGUGGCAUUCGCUUUUCUUCUGAGCUUUCCGACGGUGGAGGCUUCCGGGAGAAAACACGAAGAAUCCAUGGAAUUCACCGUCUUCGAGAGGCAGAGCGAUGACGGUCCUCGCCACAGCCCACUCUUUUCUCUCCCCGUGCCCGAGGUGGAGGACGUGGAGUAUCCCUCCAAAAUGGUGCUCUUCAACAAUGACCUUUACGGUUCUGAAGAUCAUCUGAUCGACGAGGACCAAGAGGAACUCAUCGGGUACAACCAGGGUCACUGUGUGGAGACCGUGGCCUCCGGCGGUUUCAUUGCCGAGUGCUUCUUCACGUACGUAUUCGACGACGGCUCGCUCACCGCGAACGGCCCGUUCAACUUCGAUGUCGAAGAUGGGGUUCUCCCCUCUUUCCUGGCCGUCACUGGGGGCACCGGGGAGUACGAUGGCGCCCAGGGAUGUGUUGAGGUGUCUGCCGGACCUGCUGAAGAAUUCCCAUCCUUGCAGUUCGACUUCAAGCUCAAGAGAAAGUCAAGGGAGUAGGCGGUCAUGGCCUUGGUGCGGACCCAUCGAUCAUCAAGUGCGAUGAAGCUAUUGUCGGGCAGUUGUCUGACCAGCUUUCAUUAUGCAAGGAAAAAAAUGCGUUGUAGAAGGAGUCCAGCAUACCACGCACUUAGAACUUGCCAGGUAGAAGGUCUUUGCCCUUGCGGCAAGCGCAUGGGCUCAGCUAAGGGUUUCAUGCAUACUCGUAGAUGUGAGUGACCACAGAGCGGAAAAGGGGAGAAUAGAGAGCAAGGGUUGGCUACAACCUAAAACACUUCGGACUUCUGAUCGAUGGGUUGUCGUAACUGUCGAGGGGGGAGGGAUUGGCCCUUGAAGGAGCAGGUGGCAAGGAAGCGGGAAGGGAUUAGUAGGUUGGAAUGGGGGUGCCUCAGAAAUAGCAACACGGUGAGCCUUUCUUUCUCGGUGUGGCCGCCAACAGGCAGUAUUGAGCAGCAAUGCGGGACAGACGUUUGGGCGCUGAAAUAUGCGCGCGACAGCAUUAAACUAACUACGUCUUCGGGGUAGAAAAGUGGAUGUAUGGUCGAUACGUGGUCGGGAGUGCCGAGGCGAGAGGGGCCCAUUCUUGUUUGAGUACGGUUGGAUUUCGUUGAGGGUGGAAUAUUUUCUUGAGCAGCAAGUACGCACGCAGCAUUCAAUUGCUGUACAUUGCUUGAAAUAAUAAUGAGCCACGGUGACGCCGCCGCCGGAAGUAUAAGUGGUGUUCUCCUACGUGUAGAAAUAAAAACAAAAUGUACCU